ACUACAUGCAGUAGUAGUCUCCCAAGAGCAAGAGGGGUCAAUCGACCACUUUGCUCUAGUUUAGCUGGUCUUUGUUUAUAGAGCAGGAGAUCAGUAUCAGACCACCCGCCAAGAUGGGUGCCGUUGGGAGCCCUUUGGUCUUUGCUGUGGGCAUCCUAGGCAACAUCCUGUCGUUCCUGGUUAUCCUGGCGCCGGUGCCGACGUUCUACCGUGUGUACACGAGGAAGUCGACGGAGUCGUUCCAGUCAGUUCCCUACGCGAUGGCGCUGCUGAGCGCAAUGCUGUGGCUCUACUACGCGCUGCUCACCAAGGACCUCCUCCUCCUCACCAUCAACACGGUGGGGUGCGUCGUCGAGUCCGCCUACCUCGCCAUCUACCUCGCCUACGCACCCAAGCAGGCCAGGGCCUUCACCGUCAAGCUCGUGUGCAUCAUGAACAUGGCGCUCUACGGGGCCAUGGUCUGCGUCCUGCAGCUGUUGGUCAAGGACGGCGAGAGCCGCGUCACCAUCGCCGGUGGCAUCGGCUCCGCCUUCGCGCUCGCCGUCUUCGUCGCCCCUCUAGCCAUCAUCAGGCAAGUGAUCAGGACCAAGAGCGUGGAGUUCCUGCCCUUCUGGCUAUCCUUCUUCCUCACCAUCAGCGCCGUCGUCUGGUUCUUCUACGGCCUACUCAUGAAAGAUUUCUUCGUAGCGGCACCCAACGUGCUGGGGCUGCUGUUCGGGCUGGCCCAGAUGUCGCUGCACCUGGUGUACAAGAACCCCAAGAAGAAGGGCGCCGUGUCGGAGGUCCAGGUCCCGGCGGACGACGAGAAGAACCAGCUGCCACUUCAGCAGCAGCAGCAGGCCGGCACAACGGCACACGUCGUUGCGCCGAUCAUCGAAGGCGACGAGGAGGUCGUGAACGGCAGGGAGGACGACGUCGGCGGCGACAAGCAGCAAAGCGUGUCCGUGGUGGACAUCGUGCUGCCGCCCCCCGAGGAGCACCCCACACUGCCGCCGGUCGACCACCCUGCGCCACUGCCGCCCAUGAGAAUGGCCGUCGAGGUGGUCUGAUCUACGUGAUGGAGCAGAAUGACCUAACUAUAUAGCUGCGGUAUGUUUAUCAAUUGCGGGCGCGGCACCAUGCAUGCAUGCGUACGUCUAUGUGUUCAGUUCGUUAUGUAUAAGUUCGUGCCAAUCCGAUCGUAUGUUGUUGGUUAAUUACUAGUACUAGUAGUUAAUUAGUAUUGGACUACUGGUAUAUGUACGUAGGAAGGAAGGUGUGGGCUCGUCUGAUCUGAUCAUCGAUGCAGCAUGAUUGGAGAAACUGGAGUGGUGUACUCGUGUAGAGCAUCCUCUGGUGUAUGCUGGCCUCUUGCAGCGCUUGGAGAUGCAUAGUUUCUCUGAUCAAAUAAAAAGCUCAUGUAUUUCUU